GAGCGAGGUCAUUGUGCGCUUGCUCAGAUGCGCGAACGCAUGAGGACGCAGGAUAUUUUGCUAUAAAAAUGUGGGGCGACCCCUUGUGACCACAGUAUCGAACGAGGAUCGAAAGGACACAGACAUGAAACUGCUGCUCAUCUUCGCCGCCAUCUUGGCGUUCUCUCUCGCCGAAGAAGAGAAGAAGAAGGAGGAAUUAAUAGACGACUCUCAAGCCGAAGCAUCCGCCUCCAUCGAGCUUUUGAAGGAAGGUGCAGAUCUUAAGACUGCUGCGAGUACGUACAAUUCAUACGUGCCCCCGAGCCAGAGACCACCGCAAUGGAAUGCGCCGAACUACGUCCAACCUCCUCAGAACACGUGGCUGCCUCCUAAAGAGCCCGUCAAGCCUAUCCAGCCAGUGUUCACCGGUGUGUCUCCUGGUGUACCCGCUGGUGUUCAGAAUGACUACUAUAGUGGCCACAACCAACAAUGGAGCACGCCUGUCUACCACCCUCCUACUACCACCACCCCUGUGCCGGUGAUCAAGAACGAGCAGUACUUCGGGGAUAAUGGAUACUACAAAUACGAAUACCAAAUCGCUGACGGUACCCACGUUGGUGAAGAAGGUUACUACACAGACGCUAACCAGUCAGACGAGAGCCUCGUGAAGAAAGGCUGGUACUCAUAUCUAGGUGCUGAUGGCAAGACCUACACUGUCACCUACUGGGCUGAUAAGACCGGCUUCCAUGCGUAUGGUGACCAUCUCCCUACUCCUCCCCCUGUGCCUGCCGCUAUCCAAGCUGCUCUCGACAAGGAACAAGCUGAUAAAAUCAAGCCCCUACAAGACUCGACGACGCAAGCUCCUCAAAUCUUCUACCCAACCCAGGCUCCUGCAUAUGUUCCUCCCCAACAGCCAGCCUACGUGCCUCAACAGCCAGCCUACGUACCACCUCAGCAGACUUAUGUACCCCCCCAGCAGACUUACUACCCCCCUCAACAGACUUACUACCCGCCCCAGCAAUCCUACUAUCCCAACCAACAAACCUACUAUCCCAACCAAGUUUAACUCUUAAAUAGCUAGCUAGCCUUAAACUCCGUGGUACAUGGAUAAUGCAAACAACGACCAUAGAGAUUAUUUAUGUAUGAAAAGUGACAGUCUGUUGUCUUCUGUACAUUAAAACGUCUCGUGUUAAAUAUUUAUCGUCAUUUGUCGAAAGUACUGUGAUAAAAGCAACUUUCUUGAGAUCAUAAUCGUUUUAAGAUAAUGCGAGCAAGAUACGAAAUUUUGCUUCCCGCAGCGGCUAUAAAAAGUAAUGUCUUAAAAGUAUUUUCUCGCCUUAUUGUAGUAACAUUGUAUUCCUCUAAUUAUAUCGAUGAAUUUUAAUGUACAGAGACACUUCGCGCUAUAGGUAUACGAAUAAUAUUACCUCUGAACGAUUUUAAUGAUGUAAAUCGAUUCGAUCGAUUAGAGUCAGUGAUCUUAGUCACGAUUAUGAAUUGUGAAUCCGAUCACUGAUCCAGGCAUGACAGGUUUUGUGAUAGUAUUGUAUGUUCAAAGCCAGUGAUAUGUGAUGUAUUGGUAAUCAAUAAAUAAGUUUUGUAUAUA